UCCCCCAAAACAGCAGCCAGAAUCUCAACAGUUUGCACCUACGUGGAUUCCCAGGCCCAGAGCAAUAGGGACUUAGGCAGUGACAGUCUAUAGGACCACACACCCGGCUCCGCCGCUUUCGCCCCCCCAAGCCCCGGGAGUAGGAGGAGCAGAAGAACCGAAAGGAAACCCGUGCAGUGGCCUCCGCAGGCUCCAGCGCCGACAUGGAGCUGCGGGCGCUCGGGAGACUCUGGCUCCUUUGCUGCUGCUGGUGCUGCAGCGCGGGCCCCGGACCCUGUUCCGGGGUCACCUUCACCGCGACUGGACCCAGGAGCCGCGAGCGACAGGAAGCAGCCUUCCGGGAAAGUCUUAAUAGACAUCAGUAUUUGAAUUCUAUAUUUCCUAGUGAAAACUCCUCUGCCAUCUAUGGAAUAAAUCAAUUUUCAUAUUUAUUUCCUGAAGAGUUUAAAGCUAUUUACUUAAGAAGCAAACCUUUCACAUCCCCCAAAUACGCAGCAGAAGUGCCAGAGCCAGUCUCCAACAUGUCUUUGCCUUUAAGAUUUGACUGGAGGGACAAGCAUGUUGUAACACUAGUGAGAAACCAGCAGGAGUGUGGAGGGUGCUGGGCCUUCAGCGUGGUAGGUGCAGUGGAAUCGGCGUAUGCAAUAAAAGGGAAGCCUUUGGAAGACCUAAGUGUGCAGCAGGUCAUUGAUUGUUCAUACAAUAAUUACGGCUGCAAUGGAGGGUCUACUCUCAAUGCUUUGAACUGGCUGAAUAAGACACAGGUAAAACUGGUGAGAGAUUCAGAAUACCCAUUUAAAGCACAGAGUGGCCUCUGCCAUUACUUUUCCAAUUCACAUUCUGGAUUUUCAAUCAAAGGUUUUUCUGCACAUGACUUCAGUGACCAAGAAGACAAAAUGGCAAAAGCACUUCUUACCUUUGGUCCUUUGGUAGGGAUCGUAGAUGCCGUGAGCUGGCAAGAUUAUCUGGGAGGGAUCAUUCAGCACCAUUGCUCUAGUGGUGAAGCCAAUCAUGCAGUGAUCAUAACUGGGUUUGACAAAACAGGAAGUACUCCAUAUUGGAUUGUGAGGAACUCAUGGGGAAGUUCAUGGGGAGUGGACGGCUAUGCCCAUGUCAAAAUGGGAGGGAAUAUUUGUGGUAUUGCAGAUUCUGUUUCUGCUGUAUUUGUAUGAUAUAUUGAUUAGAUCAAGAAAGAACCACAAAAAUUAAGGUUCAUAAUGAAAUGUAGCUGGUACUUCAUUUCUAGCAUUAUUUACCUUUAGGUUUUAGCAACUACCCACAAAAGUUUCUAGGGCCUAGUAGCAUUUAAACUAAGUUCUAGAAUGUUCCCUUCUCGUAUGGGGACAUGGGUAAUCAUAGUCAUUUGGAAGAACACCAGCAAUGUGGCCUGAGAAACAGUUUUCUACUCUAGACUGACUCUCGCAUUAGGGGAUAUCUUAGGUCUCUUUAUUUUGAAGAGGCUAUUAUCUGGUUUUGUUUGAUUGAUGUUUUAUUUGUUUAUUCUUAAUGUCAUACUUAAUGUCAGGUAAGAUUAAAGAGGUGAUAAAAAUGUCUUUUCUUUUGUGGAAUAUAACCACGGCCUUAGGUUACCCCUAUAUACAAGAAUGGCCAACCUAAAAUUAUGUGCACCUCUCACAGUUAUACUCUCAGCCACCUGAGAUUAAAUUUUAUAAGGAUUUUGAAAUACCAAUAGCUUUACCUCAACAAUUAGUGUUUAUCCCUUGAACUGAAGAGAGAUCAUGUAGUAAGAAACAAAAGGACAAAAGUCACUUUUUUACAAGUGAUUUUUGACAAUACAUUAAAUGGCAAUAAAUUAUAUGGCAACUAUGUGAUAAGAAAAACUCAAGUAGCAUUGCCUGAGAGACAAAUUAAUUACUCGGAAAUUUUCAUUGUCAAGAGGAUUGCACUAGACUUCAUUUCUUACUUUGAUCUCUCUAUAUCGAAGGACAGUAUGUAUUUCCAUAUUUCCCCACUCUUUCUCAUACUCUUUACUAUGAUACUCCUAAGUUUUCUGGGUUGUUUGACCUCCCUGGCUAAGAAGUCCCAUUGUUUAUUUUUCAUUUCUAUUCUACAACUAUAGAUUUUGUUCUGUCUAAGCCACAAAGAUCAAGUUCUCAACUUUCUCUUUUUUCCAUUAUUUGUAGGUAAUAUGCCUUUCAAAGUCUAAUGUCAUUAAUCUGGGGUAUCAGCCAGAAUGCGAGUUUCUCAGGCUCUCCAUUUUCCCAGUUUCCUACAUAUGUUUCCCAGACUCCCAUUCUAACUACUUUGUUGUGUAUCCAUUUGGCUUUUACCUGGUUCUUAGCUCUUUAUGGCCAUGUUCCUUGCCUAAGUCAUCAUGUAUGGCUGGGGAACAACCUCAUAGCAUAAGAGUCCAUCUUUUGAUUGUACAACAGUAUUAAAUGUUAUAUGAGGAAAUCUAAUCAAAGACUACAUAUGUAUUUCUUCUCUAAAAUUCAUGGUUGCUUCUUUUUUCCCCUAAUUUUUAUUAAAUUUAUUGAGGUGACACGGAUUAACAAAAUUAUAUAAAUUUCAGGUGCACAAUUCCACAAUGCAUCAUCUGUACACUGUAUUAUAUGUUCACUGCCCCAGGUCAAGUCUCCUCCCAAGACCAUUUAUCGCCCCCAUGCCCUCCUCCACCUCCCCCAUCCACACUCCCGCUGGCAAUCACCACACUGUUGUCUAUGGUCAUGAGCCCCCCCCCCUCUCUCUCCCCCCUCCCUCCCUCCUUCCCCCUCUUUCCUCCCCUCCCUCCCUCCUUCCCCCUCUCUCCCCGCUGCUCAAUCUCUCCAGGUCACUUUAUAAUGUAAAAUACAUUACAAAAGUGAAAAUUUAAAUGUAGAAGCAACCACUAAAAAAAGUUUAGGACAUCCCGUUUUUUUGUUUCCCUUUCGGUUUGUGUCUAUCCUGUUUAUUAGAAAUGAAAAUCAAAAACAAAACACUAUACUUCUUUUUCUUAUACCAACCAAAACCAAUCUCAAAAGAAUAUGUGUUGACUUGGGCUUAGAAAUGUUCCAGGAAGAUAAACAUUGAUAGCUUAAUUGACUAAUAUUCUAAUUAUUUAAGUAUGACAAAGAUAACUAAGUUCAUGUUAAUUUACUGAUUUCUGUAUAAUAUAAAUGCUUUUCUGAUACUCUUUUAAAUGCUAAAAUAUUUUUAAAAUUACAAAAUGAUUAAUACCUCACAACUGCUCUGAAUUUGAUGACAUUUGUAAUAAAACAGCCUUUAUUUGA